GGUCUGGGAUCCGAACCCCGCGAUCGCGGCCCACCGCGCGACCGUGAGAGAAAGUUGACCGGCUGGGCGGCUUGUUCCGCGCCCGGCCCGCGCGAGGUAGAGGUGUCUGUCUGUCCGUCCGCGCUCCGUGAUAGCCGGGGUGGGAGAUCGAGUCGCACUGCCGGGUCGCGUGGGUCAGGGCUCUUGCCCCACCCUUCCACGGGGACACGAAGUGCUAGAUCCUUAGGAGAAGUCUUGGGGUGCACAGCAGUUGUGAAGGCCGCCAGACGGUUCUGCCUUUCACCACCGCCUCGAGGGAGAUCAGAAGACAUUUUGGAAUCCCCUGGAGUUACAGGUGGUUGUGAACCACCAUGUGGGUGCUGAGAACAGAACCCGAGUCCUCUGGAAGAGCAGCCAAUACUCUUCACCACUGAACCAUCUCUCCAGCCCGUGGUAUUUUAUUUUUAGGAACCAUGUGUUGUCAUAGGUUAAAAAAAUAAAUCAUGACUGAAUCUGCAUCUAGCACAAGUGGUCAAGAGUUUGAUGUGUUCAGUGUUAUGGACUGGAAGGAUGGAGUUGGUACCUUACCAGGAAGUGACUUAAAGUUUAGGGUGAAUGAAUUCGGAGCUUUGGAGGUUAUCACCGAUGAGAGUGAGAUGGACAGUGUCAAGAAAGCCACUGCCACCACCACUUGGAUGGUCCCGACCGCUCAAGAGGCCCCGACCUCUCCCCCGAGCUCCAGGCCCGUAUUUCCACCUGCCCACUGGACAUCUCCACCUGGAUGUCCCACAGUCUUUUCAGAGAAGACUGGGGUACCAUUCAGGUUGAAGGAUCAAUCAAAAGUAGAUGGGCUUCAGUUCUGUGAGAACUGUUGUCAGUACGGCAACGGCGAAGAGUGUCUCUCUGGAGGAGGAAACUAUUGCAGCCAGAACUGUGCUCGGCACGUCAAAGACAACAGAGAUCAGAAGGAAGAAAGAGAUGGAGGUGAAGACAACGAAGACGAGGAUCCCAAGUGUAGUCGGAAGAAAAAACCAAAAUUAUCUCUGAAAGCUGACUCCAAGGAGGAUGGAGAAGAGAGAGAUGAUGAAAUGGAGAACAAGCAAGAUGGAAGGAUCCUGAGGGGUUCCCAGAGAGCCAGGAGGAAAAGACGUGGAGACUCAACCGUCUUAAAGCAGGGUUUGCCUCCUAAAGGCAAGAAAACUUGGUGCUGGGCAUCCUACCUGGAGGAGGAGAAAGCUGUGGCAGUGCCGGCAAAGCUGUUCAAAGAGCACCAAUCCUUUCCAUAUAACAAAAAUGGAUUCAAAGUCGGAAUGAAACUAGAAGGUGUGGACCCGGAGCAUCAGUCUGUGUACUGUGUCCUCACCGUGGCUGAGGUUUGUGGAUAUCGGAUAAAGCUUCACUUUGAUGGAUAUUCUGACUGCUAUGACUUCUGGGUAAAUGCGGACGCUCUGGACAUCCACCCUGUAGGAUGGUGUGAGAAAACUGGCCACAAGCUCCAGCCUCCAAAAGGGUAUAAAGAAGAAGAAUUUAAUUGGCAGUCCUACCUGAAGACCUGCAAAGCCCAGGCUGCUCCCAAGUCAUUAUUUGAAAAUCAGAACAUAACAGCGAUCCCGUCAGGCUUUCGGGUUGGAAUGAAGCUCGAGGCUGUAGACAAAAAGAACCCUUCCUUCAUCUGUGUUGCUACGGUAACAGAUAUGGUGGACAAUCGCUUCCUGGUACAUUUUGACAACUGGGAUGAGAGCUAUGACUAUUGGUGUGAAUCGUCCAGCCCACACAUCCAUCCAGUUGGUUGGUGUAAAGAACACAGAAGAACCCUCAUUACCCCACCAGGCUACUCGCACGUGAAACACUUUUCUUGGGAUAAGUAUUUAGAAGAAACCAAUUCUUUACCUGCUCCUGCAAGAGCUUUCAAAGUGAAACCGCCACAUGGAUUCCAGAAAAAAAUGAAGCUUGAAGCUGUAGACAAAAGAAAUCCAUUGUUUAUCAGAGUAGCAACUGUAGCAGAUACAGACGAUCACCGGAUCAAGGUUCAUUUUGAUGGCUGGAGCAGUUGCUAUGACUACUGGAUAGAUGCAGACUCUCCAGAUAUUCACCCUGUGGGCUGGUGUUCCAAAACUGGUCAUCCUCUUCAGGCUCCACUAAGCCCUGCAGAAUUAAUGGAGCCAUCAGAAACCGGGGGAUGUCCAACUCUAGGCUGCAGGGGGAUUGGUCAUUUUAAAAAAUCAAGGUACCUGGGAACUCAGAGUGGUGCCUACUGCCCCUAUUCAGAAAUCAACUUGAAUAAAGAGCGCAUUUUCCCAGACCGCCUAAGCGGUGAGAUGCCUCCAUCUAGUCCAACAUUUCCAAGAAGUCGAAGGACAGACAUAAAUGAAAACUCAUCAUCUCCUGAAACCAGGGAACACCGUGCUAAUGACGUCAAAGAAGACUCUGCACAGAAACCAGAAAAUGAAGUGAGAACGUCAGUCGAAGCCAAAGUUGUUCGGGAAGAGCCUACCCCUACCAUCCAGCAGGCUCAGCAGGUACAGAAGGCUCAACAGGUACCCCAAGUACAGCAGGCUCAGGCUGUUCAGCAGCCCCCACAGGUACCGCAGCCUCAGCAGCCUCCGAAGGCGCCACAGACCCAGCCGCCUCAGCAGGUUCAACAGGGGCAGCAGACUCCGCAGGCGCAGCAGGCUCAACAGUUGCCUCUACCCGCUCAGCAGCCUCAGCAGCCUCCCCAGCAGGUCCAGCAGACUGCGCAGGCGCAGCAGACUCCCCAGCAGGCCCAACAGGCCCAGCAGGCUCAGAGGCGGUCAGCUGUCUUUUUCUCCUUUAAGCCCCCAAUUCCAUGUCUGCCCCUGCGCUGGGAACAGCAAAGCAAGCUUCUUCCAACUGUCGCUGGAAUCCCUGCCAGUAGAGUUUCCAAAUGGAGCACAGAUGAGGUGUCGGAAUUCAUUCAGAGCUUGCCUGGAUGUGAAGAACAUGGAAAGGUGUUUAAGGAUGAACAAAUUGAUGGAGAAGCAUUUUUACUCAUGACCCAAACAGACAUUGUUAAAAUUAUGAGCAUUAAGCUGGGUCCAGCUCUCAAAAUUUUCAAUUCUAUUCUGAUGUUUAAAGCUGCGGAGAAGAAUUCCCACAACGAACUGUGAAGGCGGUGGAUUCUGGUACCCUCAGCUUCCGCUUUCAAGCUCAUCAUGUUUAUUCAAAGCACAAGGGCGGUUCUAGCUCCUGAGGGAGAAGUUUUCAGGACUCACAAGGGCAGCGCACAGGAUUCCACUGGUCCCUCCAGACUGCGCAUGCGUUCCUAGGAACCGAUUGCCUGGGCUUCUCACCAGCCGCUGGCCAGCACCAGUCAUCUUUCAGUUCUGCUCACCGAGCUAAACUUACCUUUGUAAAUCUUUUGGAGGUGGGAGGAGGGUGGGGAAACGGGGGCUUCAUUAUUUAUGGAUGGGGGGGCAAAAUAAGAACUUUCAGCAUUUUGUAAACAUUGUUGGAUUCUCUUUCAUGUACACGUUCUUUUUUUCAAUACUUUCAGAAACCUUUUUAUAUAACUGAAUUUCAACCUAAACCAAAUCCGUUGAAACCUGGCUGAGUUUAGCCUGGGACUACUGUCAGUCGUGUUCGCCCUGUGCCAUAUUUGGAAUUGCAGCAUUAGCCAAGUGUAAUUUUGCGAGUCACGAUAUUGCCUAACUGUGUGUCAUCCUUCGUUGGGACUGAAGAACUUGUAAAUACUGCCUUUCUUUGAAUCCAUGUUUUUACUUUUGCACGUAUUAUGAAUUGUUAAACAAAUUACUUUUCACCAGCAUCUUUACUGUUGUUACCAAAAAAAAAUGUAUAUAAAAGAACGGAAUUGAAAAAUAAAAUAUAUAAACCUACUUAGAUUUGAAUGAAGUAGUAUAUCUGAGCGGAUCAGUUUUGUACAUCAUGGUGCCCACGUGUUUGCAGCAGUCAGCCCUGGAGAACUGUGUGUGGUUGGUUACACUCCAGGGUUGAUGGGGGCUUGAUCUCCGAGAUUACCCUGUGCAUCUCUGUAAACGACAUGGAAGUAACUGGUGCUUUACAGGAAAGGACUCGUUCUGUUGACAGAAACACUAAUCGUUCAAGUGAUCCCAUCCGUCUCCCAGGUCCUCCAGACCCACGGGAUUUCCUCCGAGUGAGCUGAGAGGCAGUGCAUGAAUGGUACCGCACAGACCUGUGUGACAGAGUCACACCAGCAGACCCAAAAAUUCUCCAUGCUCACAAGUCGAAGAAGGGGAUCCCUGAGCCACUUUUCGGGAGCUGCCAAUGUGGAGAGAUUCCUUUUCCUAUUAAAUAUUUUGCCUUGAUUUUUUUUUUUAAGCAUCUGGAUGCACUUUAAAUGAAAGCCCCUGGUUAUUUAUAAAUCCAUAGCUGGCGGUGUUUCUUUUGUAAGCAUGCACUUCUAGGGGAAAGGUAAAUUAUUUUGUCAGGCUUUUGAUGGACUUUCUAAUGCCAGGAUUAGACAUUUGUUCAAGGACCGCUUUAAAAAUAGAAAGUUUAGUGGCAUGCUGUCGGAACUCUGGGGGAAAGUCCCACCUCUUUCCAUGAACUCUCUAAUGCUUUUCUGACGCAGGACUUCCUUUGAUGUGCCAUAGUGGGGGUUUAUUAUCAGCCCUUUGCGUUUGUCAUGAUUCAAGGUAAAACAGGGUCCGUGACAUCUGCCGUGUCCAAUUCAUUUCUUUGCAUGACUCUGCUAAAGAAGCUUUUUGUUAUUUUUCCUUUUUUGUUGUGUUCAGUAUUUGUACAUUAACUUGCACUUGUUACAUGUGAUAUGAAUGAAAUAAAAACUUAAUUACAGA